AUGGAGCCUAGGGAGAAUUCUGGCAAAGACGAUGACACAAUAGAUUUUGAUAGAACGGACGAUUUAGAGCGGACAGAUUUAGAAAAAUGUGAUAAAAAUAAAGAAAAUAAGAACGGAAAAAAUGACAAUGGUAAAGACUUAGAGGACAGAGAUGUUGGCGAAGAUGCUGAUUUAGAGGUUAUUGAUUAUAGAUAUGAGAACUCAAAUUUCAUCAGACUUAAUUCUAUAAACGUGGAUACACCAGAUUAUGGUAAAACUGAAGACGAAAAUGAUGAAAACAAUCUAGAUUUUACAUUUGCUCAGGAUGAAAUUAACAAUUCCAGUUUUCCAUGUAAAGAAUGCGAUGAAGUGUUUAAAACCUAUUCAACCUGGAGAAUACAUUAUAAUUUUGUACAUCUAGGGAAACAAUAUCCCUGUGAUAAAUGUGAGUAUGUGGCGUCAAGAACCAGUCAUUUAAAGCAGCAUAUCAAGAAUGUGCAUGCACCUAAACGAAUUAAAUGUACUCGAUGUAAGUUUACCACGACUGGUGAGAGUUAUCUAGUAAAACACAUGAAGUCCGUCCAUGACUCAAGCGAAGCAAGAUAUUCCUGUGAUAAGUGUGAACAUGUAUCCAAAAGUCAGCAUAGUUUACGAGUACAUAAAAGAAUUAAACAUCUGACAGAUUUAAGAUUUCAGUGUGAUAAAUGUGAUUAUUUUUCUCCCCUGAAAUAUCUUCUCAAGGAGCAUAAAGCUAUUAAACAUGACGGUGUUCGGUUUCAAUGUGAUCAGUGUACAUAUUCUGCGACGAAAAUGUACAAUUUAAAAGUUCACAUUCAGACUAAACACGAGGGUGUUGUAAGACUGCUGUGUGAUGAAUGUGAUUACACUUGCAACCAUUCCUCACAUCUGAAGGUGCACAAGAAAACAAAGCACAGUCCUGCUUUUCCAUGUGAUAUCUGUGAUUUUGCCGGCAGUACAUUGUAUCAUUUAAAGAAGCACAAAUCCUCUCAACAUAAACAAUAUUUCUGCAAUAAAUGUGAUUUUGUCUCAAACCGUCCGCAUAUACUGAGGAAACAUAGAGAAAAGGAUCAUUCUCGACCUUUUCAGUGCGAGCAUUGCGAGUUCCAAGCUGCUCGUCUAGCUUAUCUUAGAACACACUUAGAGAAGGUUCAUGGAGCAAUAAAAGAUUGA